AUGGAUUCAAAUGAGCCAAUUUUUCAAAUAAAUGAAUUAUUUGAUAGCUUCGAUGCUGUCAAGAAAAAAGUGGAACUGUAUACGCAAAUAAAUAACAAGUUAAUUUAUGAUGAGAAGUAUUAUAAAUGUAGUGUAAAUCCGAAAAAGGAGGCUUUAAAUGCAUUUAAAGAAGCAAAUCCAGGCAUAAACGUAAUCCAAUGUCCGGCGACUAUCGUUUUAAGAACUACAUCAGACAAAAUGCAUUUAAAAGUCACCCAGUUAAUGCUUUAUCACGACCAUGACUCGUCUGAUAAUCAACCAAGACUUAAAAAGUAUCAAGAUAUGGUGAAGAAUCAAGCCCUAGACAGCAUUAUUCAACAUGAAGACGAGAUAGAUAUUAUAAAUGAUAUUCAAUUAUCAACGGACUCCACUGAGAUAGAUUCAGUUCAUCACCGACAACUGGAACCUACCAAUCUAGACUUUCAUAUACAACCAUCAACGAGCUCAUCGGCAAUGAAAUUAGUCCAUCAACAACAACUUGAACCUACUAAUCAAGAUUUGUCACAAGUAAAGUAUUAA